UCUACGACCAAUCAUCAAUACAUGCACCAUAGAAAAACCUUCCCGAUAUCAUCAAUGGCAGCCUCUGAGCCCAGUAACAUUUUUCCACUCAAGAACUUACUCCGCCUACUCCUUUUAGCCCUCACAAUCACAUGCACCGCAUCAGCUCGAAUUCUCGAUGAGGAGACAACCGCUCCCACCACUGAACCACCUGUUUCCAGCGUACCUCCGGUGGUGACAGCUGGCAACCAUCCGAUGUCCUUCUUCAUGCAUGACAUACUUGGCGGGUCAAACCCGUCGGCUAAAGCUGUGAGCGGGGUUGUCAGCAAUCCAGCCGUCAACGGUCAAGUCCCCUUCGCCAAGCCCAACGGCGCCGUUCUCCCUGUUAACAACGGGGUUCCCCAAAGCAACAACAACAACAACAACGGAGUUAUCAAUAACAACAACAUUCCGUUCCUCACCGGCCUCAGCGGAAACAUCCCCAACGUUAUCCAAAACAAUGGGAAUAAUGGGAACAACGGGAUCAAUGGGGCCCAGCUACCUGCGGGAAUGACACUUCAGAAGCUUAUGUUUGGGACACUGUCAGUGUUUGAUAAUGAGCUGACAGAAGGGCAUGAGCUUGGGUCAGGUUUGGUUGGAAAGGCACAGGGUUUCUACGUAGCGAGCUCCGAAGAUGGAACGAGCCAGACCAUGGCUUUCACGACCAUGUUUCAGAGCGGUGGUUACGCUGACAGUCUCAGCUUCUUCGGCGUCCAUCGAACUGCUGCAUCGGAAUCCCAGCUUGCAGUCAUGGGAGGAACUGGAAAGUAUGUAGACGCUAAGGGCUAUGCCACGGUGAAGACCUUUCCGGCUACAAACCAGCAAAAUAAUGGUGGAGUGGAGACUCUUUUGCAGUUCACUGUGUAUCUUACUUACUAGUGUGUUUACUUUUUAAGGUGGCUGUUUCGGUACUUUUGCUAAAAUCUCUCUCUAUCUCUCUCUCUCUCUCUAUAUAUAUAUGUAUGAGAGAGAGAGGACAUGGAUGUUAUAAAAAAGCCUUGAAUUUACAAUAAUUAUUGUGGUUUGUGAGUAAA